UGAAAGACGGAUUCAUUUGCAUAUUCCGCUUAAUGUAUGCCUAAGCUUUAUGCCAUAUUCCGUCUAAAAUUUAGCAGGAUUUUUAAGCGGAAUCUUUAAGCGGAAUCUUUAGGCGGGCUAAUUUACAUAUUUCGCCUAAAUUUCCGCUUAAAUUCCAGCUGGACUCCAUCUAAUGUCCACCUGUAUUUCGCCUAAGUUAACUAUUCAUAGUAAUGCUGACUUCAGGCAAAAUACGCCUUAGUUGUCCGCCUGAAAUCCGCCUUUUCUCCGCCUGGAAUAUUUCGUACGGUUAAUAUUCCUGGAAUAUGUCAUGCCAAUUUAAAGGAGAGAGAGAGGGAGGUGGGACAGAAGCUUGAAGAGAUGGCAAUUGCAUCGUGUUCAAGAAAUCUAGCAAAUGAAGUAGCUUUGACUGAUUCACAAGAGGAUGGCAUUGUUGCGAGUUUCGAUGGAGCCUGGCAGAAAAGAGGCACAGGCAGGGCUUAUAACAGUCUUACUGGUCAUGCCACUCUCAUUGGUCAGAAAACUGGAAAAUGUGUGGGUUAUGCACUGAAAAGCAAGAAAUGUCGUAUUUGCAGUGCUGCCAAGGUGAAAAACGUAACGCCAAGAAAACACAAUUGCAAAAAGAACUGGAGCGGGUCGGCAAAGGCAAUGGAACCCGCAAUGGCAUGCGAAAUGCUGCAGUCUAUUUUAGAUCGUGGAGAAAAAGUAUCCACACUAGUGAUGGACAAUGAUAGUACCACAAUUGCCAGAGUAAAGUCGACAGUAGACAAGAGCAUCACCAAGCGCUGUGAUAGUAAUCACACUAAAAAGGGCUUUACAGCAUCUCUCAUAGAAUUGAGCAAAACCCACAAAUUGUUGCGCAACACCAAGGUCCGUACCCACAUUGAAAGGUGUUUUACCUACAGCGUGUCUCAAAACAGAGGGGAACCAGAGCAACUUGCUAAAGGAUUAAGCAGUAUAGUUCCUCAUUUAUAUGGUGAUCAUUCUGAUUGUGGAACUUGGUGUAGGGGCAAUGAGGAAGGAUAUAAACACCAGGCCCUGCCUUAUGGCAAACCACUGGAUGACCAGGACUUAAGAGUAGCCCUUCAGUCCCUGAUGAAUAAGUUCACCUUGAAGGCAACUGAAUUGGCCAAUAUGGGGUCAACACAACCCAAUGAAAGCUUUAAUAACAUGGCAUCAUCGAAAGCACCAAAGAGAUUCUUAAUAAGAGUUGCUCACUUUCACCUGGAACAUAUACCAUCAAACACCUACAACGUAAAAACAAGACACUGAAAACAAAGCGCCUUCAAACUGCACAACCAAAGGUAAAACGAAGGAGACUGGAACUUAAAGCUGAAAGGCAAUUGAAGAAUGCAUCCCAAGCUGUUCUUGAAGGUGAUACAUAUCAGUCUCACAUUGACUUAGGACCUGAAGGAAACGCAGAUAUAGAAGAUAUUCAGCUGGAGACAUCUGUAGAAAACCUGCUAACACGUCCACUAGUGUUUUUUGAUUUGGAAACGGGAGGAUUAGGAAGAACAUCGGACAUCAUUCAAAUUGCAGCAAAGAACAAAGAAAAACAGUUCUCGGUAUAUGUUUUACCAACUCGAUAGCCUCGGAAGCCACUUGUUUGACAUUUGAUGGUGACAACUUGUGUUACAAAGGAAAACCAGUUCUUGCUGUUCCUCCACUUGAAGCUCUGAUUGUGUUUCUAAGUUUUUUAGAGUCCUUUGAUGGUCCAGUUUUAGUGGGAC